UAUCUCUGCCAUAUAAUAUACUUACUCAAGGUGACCAAGUUUGAUGUAGUUAGAAUAGUAAGGGAAAAUAUGGAGAUGGUCAAGAGGGUUUUGGUAUGAGCCUAAGAUAGCUGAGUAGUGUCUCUCCAAAUACCCUUCAGCUUCACCACAUAGCCUUAUAAGAUGGGAUCUUUUUUCUUGCAAAUACCCUUCAGCUUCGGCUUCAAGAAAACAUACAACUUGGCCAUGGGCAGGGGUCAAUAUUUAUGGCCAAUUGUAUAAACAUACAACUUGUUUUGAUAUUAACUAAGUUGUAUAAACAUAUUUAUAAAAUUAUCAAUGCUUGUGCUGUGCAGGGGUUGCUGUGUUAGGCGGUGAUUGCUGCUCCUGCGUUAGGCGGUGAUUGCUGCUCCUGCGUGUUGCUUGUGCUGUGCAGGGGCUGGUGUUGCUCUUUUUUGGUGUUGUCAUCUUUGUUUGAAGUUAGAAGGUUCAAUCACGGUCUCAUCUACAGGUAUGGACCGUAGUUGGAUGAGAGCUAAUCGAUUAAGUACUGAGUACAGACAUGGAGUGAUGGAAUUUCUACAGUUUGCGGAAAGUAAUGCUGAACUAGAACGUCCUCCUCCUGAAUUUCCUCCACUUUUUCUAUGUCCGUGUAUAAAUUGUGCAAAUAAAGAACCAAAACGUACUAAGAAAGAAAUCAUGAAUCAUCUAAUUUGUGACGGGAUUUGUCAAAAUUAUACACAAUGGAUAUGGCACGGUGAAGUAGUUGCAACGCCAAGUGUGUCCCAUAGAGAAAGUGGUAGUGUGGAUAUCGAUGAUCGACUGGAAGACAUGAUGCGUGAUAUUGGAGAAGAUUCGUUUAAGAGGGCGCAUGUGUAUGAAACUUUAUGCAGUGACAAGGAUGAACCAUUGUAUCCGGGAUGCACAAAUUUUACCCGUUUGUCUGCGGUGUUAAAAUUGUUUAAUUUGAAAGCAAAAAAUGGGUGGACCGACAAAAGUUUCACUGAAUUGCUUGAAUUGUUGAUACAAAUGCUUCCAGAAGGUAAUGUAAUGCCAAAUCGUUAUUACGAGGCGAAAAAAGUAUUGUGUCCAAUGGGUUUGGAGUAUGAAAAGAUACAUGCAUGCCCUAAUGAUUGUAUAUUAUACCGAAAAGAGUUUGUAAACUAUAAUCAUUGUCCGACAUGUAAGGCGUCUCGCUACAAAAAGAAAGAUGGUGAUUCUAGUGAUGAUGAGGUGACCAAAACGGGUCCUCCCGCGAAAGUCGUAUGGUACCUACCAAUAAUUUCAAGGUUCAAGAGAUUGUUUGCUAAUGCAAAUGACGCAAAGAAUCUUAGAUGGCAUGCAGAAGAGAGAAAAUGUGAUGGCCAAAUUCGCCAUGUAGCUGAUUCUUUGCAAUGGAAGAAAAUUGACUCUUUGUUUCCAAAUUUAGGAAUUGGUAUUUUAGGAUUGGAUGUGCAUACUGUUCUAGAGUUUUGA